CGGCCUAGGCCUGUGCUGCGGCCUGUCGCCCCUCCCCCCGCCCCCGGAGCCCCGGCCCGGCCCGGCUCGGCCCGGCCCCGCCAUGCCGCACAGCUUCAAGCCCGGAGACCUGGUCUUCGCCAAGAUGAAGGGGUACCCGCACUGGCCGGCCCGGAUUGAUGACAUAGCAGACGGCGCUGUAAAACCCCCGCCGAACAAGUACCCCAUCUUCUUCUUUGGGACGCACGAGACAGCCUUCUUGGGACCUAAGGACCUGUUCCCUUACGACAAGUACAAGGACAAAUACGGGAAGCCAAACAAGCGAAAAGGCUUCAAUGAGGGAUUGUGGGAAAUCCAGAACAACCCCCAUGCCAGUUACAGUGCCCCUCCGCCAGCGAGCUCCUCAGACAGCGAAGUUCCCGAGAACGACCCGGUGGCAGGGAGUGAUGGAGGAGAGGAGGAAGACGAAUCGGCUGCCAUGGCAGUUGCUACUGUCGCUGCAGCGGCCAUGGAGAAGCUAGACAGCGAUGAGGAGUCUGACAAGGGGAGCGACCAUAGUGGGCUGAAACGAAAAGCGCUAGCUAUGAAAAUGCCAGUGGCUAAACGACCCCGGAAAUCCUCCAGCGACCUCGACCAGGGCAGUGCGUCUCCCUCGGAAGAGGAGAACUCGGAAAGUUCUUCUGAGUCAGAGAAAAAUAGUGACCAGGACUUUACUCCAGAGAAGAAGCCAGUGACCAGAGCUCCCAGGAGGGUGUCUGCAGGUGGAAGGAAGAAGAAGAAGGUGGAUUCGGGGUCCGACUCGGACUCCAAGGUGGAUUCGGAGGAGGAAAACGAGACAGUGGACAUGACUAAGUCGGACUCUGAUUCGGACUCCGACUCGGACGUGUCUGUGAAGAAGGUUCCACGGGGCAGGAAGCCAGCUGAGAAGCCGCCCCCAAAGCCUCGCGGCAGGAAACCAAAGCCUGAGAGAGCUCCGACCAGCUCCAGCAGCGACAGUGACAGCGACAGCGACGUAGAUCGCAUCAGCGAAUGGAAGAGGCGUGACGAGGAGCGCCGCCGGGAGCUGGAGGAGAAGAGGAAGAGGGAGCAGGAGGAAGAGAUCCGCAGGCUACGGGAGCAGGAGAAAGAGGAGAAGGAAAAGAAGAAGGAGAAGGCGGAGAAGGGGGAGGAGGCGCACUCAGACAGUGACAGCAGCAUGGAUGACGAGGUGGCCAAGAAAGGCAGGAAGAUCCGAGGCAAGGACCAGUUGUCGUCGGACUCCGACUUGGAGCUGGAGAAAGAGGUAAAGAAGCCGCUGAAGAAGCAGCAGCCCUCAGAGUUGUCAAGGAAACCGAAUCUAAAGGAGAAGAGGGGCCGAUCGGAGGAGAAACCUCGCAACAAACCCUUAAGAGUGGAGCGAGGCCGGAGAAAGUCUGACGCGAUCCCAGAGAGGAGGAUGGAGAAGAAGAAGGAGCCCACAACUGAAGAGAAGCUUCAGAAACUUCACAGCGAGAUCAAGUUUGCCCUGAAAGUUGAUAAUCCGGAUAUCAAGAGGUGCCUGAAUGCGCUGGAAGAGCUGGGAACCCUGCAGGUCACCUCCCACAUCCUCCAGAAACACACUGAUGUGGUGGCUACGCUGAAAAAGAUCCGUCGCUACAAAGCUAACAAGGACGUGAUGGAGAAGGCUGCCGAGGUUUACACCCGCCUGAAGUCGCGCGUCCUGGGGCCGAAGAUCGAGGUGAACCAGAAAGCCAACAAAACUGGGAUGGAGAAAGACAAGGGAGACACGGAGAAGGGCCAGGAGAAGCUGUCAGGAGGGGAGGCCCAGAACGAGAGAGAAGAGGAGGAGACCAAUGCUGAUCUGUCAGCCCCCGUAAACGGUGAAUCCAUGUCCCAGAAAGGGGAGAGCGUGGAGGAUAAGGAGCGAGACAAAGCCCAGGGAUCUGGCGACGGAGAGCGAGAGGCAUCCCCAGAAGACACACAUGACGCGCAAGACUAUCCCGAGAUCAAAAGGCCCAGUACCGACAGGGAGAGGGGCCGCCUGGAGUCGGACUCCGUGGACGAGGAGGAGGACAGCUGAGGCCGUGGCUCCCGCACGGAGGAGAAACACUCGCAGGGUCUCUGCACUGAAGGCAGUGAAGGAGACCGGCUCUGCCUUGCCCCCAUGUUUCAGAGUUACUUCACUAAGUCGCACUGUAGCUGAUGCCUAGGUCUUGUUCCCCCCCCGUCCUGCUCCUGUCAAAGGAAAGAACUUCUGGGGAGGCUGUGCCGUAUGUUUGUAUUUGUCUCCUUGGUUUUUUGUUGGGUUUUUUUUCCCCCCACCUAAAUUCUUGUGAUCUAAACCGACAUGAACUGAAUAUAAAGGGUUUUUUAAUGAAAAAAA